UUUCUGAGCUGUUGGAAGUUCCCAGAGUUUCGAGCCUGUUCUGCAAUCCAUAAAGUAUGCCAUACAGCUUCUUAAAGGACUCUUUAUGUGCACAGGAAAUUGUCUACCUUGUGGUUUUUCAUCUGUCAUUUGUCAUGUUUGUAUGGUCCUAUUGGAAGACAAUUUUCACGUGUCCUGCAUCCCCCUCUAAUGAGUUCUGCUUGUCAAAAGCUGAUAAAGAACAAUAUGAAAAAGAAGAGAGACCAGAAUCCCAGCAGGAGAUUUUGAGAAGAGCUGCUAAAGACUUGCCUAUCUAUACGACAACAGCAUCGAGAGCAAUCAGAUACUGUGAUCGAUGCCAGCUAAUCAAACCUGACCGCUGCCACCACUGUUCUGCAUGUGACAUAUGUGUGCUAAAAAUGGACCACCACUGUCCAUGGGUGAAUAAUUGUGUGGGAUUUUCUAACUACAAAUUCUUCCUCCUGUUUUUAAUGUAUUCCUUACUGUACUGUCUGUUUGUUGCUGCUACAGUCUUGCAGUACUUCAUAGAGUUUUGGACAAAUGAAUUGCCAGAUAGCCAUGCAAAAUUCCACGUACUAUUCCUUUUCUUUGUGGCAGCCAUGUUCUUCAUCAGCAUAUUGUCCCUCUUCAGCUACCACUGCUGGCUAGUUGGCAAAAACAGAUCAACCAUAGAAACAUUCCGUGCACCCACAUUUCGAAAUGGCCCUGAUAAAAAUGGCUUUUCUCUGGGAUGCAGCAAAAAUCUGAGGGAGGUUUUUGGAGAUGAAAAGAAGUAUUGGCUACUCCCUAUCUUUACCAGUUUGGGCGAUGGGUGUAAUUUUCCAACUCGUUUGGUGAUUAUGGAUCCAGAGCAACUUACUGUCUCAAGCCAAAAUGAACCUGCCAAAAGCUCUGGAGCCAAUCAGUCCUUUCCGACUCGACCACUCAGUGAAUCGCAAAAUCGAUUGCUAGCCAGUGACAGUCAGUGGGUGGAGAGUGGCCCUGAAGAGGAAAAUGUUAAAUCAGGUUUCUGCAACACAUUUUGUGCUUGAAUAUUACUUAGUUUUGUUUGGAAGAAGUUGAUCAGUAAAAAAUUGAACAUGAACGUUUUAGGAAGAGACAAGAAAUUCAAGUUUCUGCACAGUACAAUGGAUUCUUGUAAGCACUAUUGCAGAGCAGGGAAGUUAAGACAGAUGCCUUAAGAUUCUUAAUGUGCAUUUAUGCAACACUGAAUUCUAUACUGCUACCAAAGGGCCAAAUCCUGAAGUGCCCUGCUCGGAUGCGCAAGUCCAGAGUGGGA